CCGGUUGGAAAUGCCUGCGUACGGUGAGUGAGGAGUUUCGCUGUUGGUCGCGAGCUCGGCGCGGGGGUCCCGGGGGGAGGCCGUGAUCUCGCCUGGAGCCGCCCGCUCUCUGUCAGCAGGAGCGCGAGGGGAGAUGGUGGACGUGUUCGCCGGGCACAUGCUGGUCAAUAAGGACGGCGAGGCGGUGGACCCCGAGGAGGCGCUGAAGAAUAAAGUUGUGGGCAUCUACUUUUCGGGGGGCUGGUGCCCUCCCUGCCGCGAUUUCACGCCGCGCCUGUGCGAGUUCUACACCGAGCUGAUGGAGGAGUCGGAGCCGGCGCCGCAGUUCGAGAUCGUCUUCGUGUCUUCGGAUAAGAGCCAAGCCGACAUGGAGAACUACAUGGUAGCGAUGCACGGAGACUGGCUGGCACUACCCUGGGAGGAUCAGUACAAAAUAGAGUUGAAGAAGAAAUACUGCAUUACAGCAAUACCAAAACUGGUAAUUGUGAAACAAAAUGGAGAUGUCAUCACUGACAAAGGACGUAAACAGAUACGAGAUUAUGGUUUGGCGUGCUUCAGGAACUGGAUUGAAGUAGCAGAGGUUUUCCAGAAUUUUUCAGCUAAUUGAAAGUUAUCUUGAAAUCAACCUUUUCUAGAUAUUAGGGAAACCUAUCAAUUUGAAUGUACAUUUUUAUAAUUUAAAUGUUUGAAAUGAAAAAGCUUGUGUACAUUAUUUUAAAUAGCUCUGUAACUAAAUAGUCAACUAUGCAAUUAAGCAAUUUGUACAAUGUUUAUAAAAUAUAGCAGAGAAAUGACAUUUAUACUGUAAGUUAGGUUUAAUGCUUUUAAUAAAAUAUUACUAAUGUUUUAACUCUGCACUUUUAACAAACAAAUAAGAUUUUACUAGGUAAAAUUUUACUGCAUAAAAUCAGACUGCUUAAGUGUGAUUGUCAGGAUUUUGUAACUUUAGUCUCUGUGGUAUUCAGUAGAACCAAAUAUUUUACUGAAUGGAUUCGUUCUAAAAUUGAAUGAACAAGUAGUUGCCUUCUGGGAGUGUCUUAAGUGGAAAACUGCCAUGAAAUAGAUAUUGAAAAUAAAAGUUACUGG